GCGCGUCACGUGGGCGAGUCAGGUGACGGUGCGGGCGGCGGACUGGGCUGCGGGGCGGACGGUGGACGCAGGGACGCGGCUUCAGCUCUGUCUCCACCGACCCGUGCCCCGCCGUCACCGCCGCCAUGACGGGGCUAGCGCUCCUGUAUGCCGGGGUCUUCGUGGCCUUCUGGGCCUGCAUGAUCGGCGUGGGUGAGGCCGGGCCCUGGCGGGCGGGGCCAGCACCCGGGCCGGGCGGGCCGGUCUGGAGCCCGGCGGGGGUCGUGGGGUCCCGGGACCGCCGGGCUGCAGCGCGGGCUCUGUCCCCCGGGCUCCGGGAGCUGCCGCGCGCCCGUGGGGGCAUCUAUAUUACUGGCUCAUCCAUCAUUGGGGGAGGGGUGAAGGCCCCUCGGAUCAAGACCAAGAACCUGGUCAGCAUCAUCUUCUGUGAGGCUGUGGCUAUCUACGGCAUCAUCAUGGCAAUUGUCCUUAGCAACAUGGCUGAGCCUUUCAGUGCCACUGACCCCAAAGCCAUUGGCCACCGAAACUAUCAUGCAGGCUACUCCAUGUUCGGAGCCGGCCUCACCGUGGGCCUGUCUAACCUCUUCUGUGGCGUCUGCGUGGGCAUCGUGGGCAGCGGGGCCGCCCUGGCUGAUGCCCAGAACCCCAGCCUCUUUGUGAAGAUUCUUAUCGUGGAGAUCUUCGGCAGCGCCAUCGGCCUCUUUGGGGUCAUCGUCGCGAUCCUACAGACCUCCAGAGUGAAGAUGGGUGACUAGACGGUCUGUGUGGGGCCGCGCCCCACUCUUAUUUAUUUGUGGUUUUCCUGGGGCAGCUGGAGCUGCGCCCCUUUCGCAGGGCUCGGUGUUCUGGGCCCUCCCUGCACUCACUUCUUGCUGCCUGUCGACUUGGAGGCCCUGCCUGGCUGGAUCCUCAGUGUGGGGAGUGGGCUGCUGAGGACUGUGCAGCUCUGCACCUGCGUCCCACCUCCUCCCCCAAACUGUCUUCCCAGUGUUUGUGAAAUAAAUGUGGUAUUUGUCUGGGUCA